AUGAAGAUCAAUUUCCGCACGUCGCCUUUGUUGGCCUUCACCCUCUCGGGUUUCUUGGGCUUAGCAUUGAGCGAUGGCCCACAGAAUCCCUUCGGCUCGGCAGAUGACGCCUCCCUCAACGGUGCCGGGGCCUCGGGUAGCCAGAAUCCCUUCGGUGAUAACACCGCAGGAGGAUCCGGUGGAGGAUCCCAGAAUCCAUUUGACCCCCCCAACGGAGGAGGUGCCGGUGGAGGAUCUCAGAACCCAUCUGACCCCUCCAACGGAGCUGGUCCGCUGAUCGAUGGAGAGGGCUGCCCUGCUACUCGGGCUGCUCCGCCGACCUCUGCGUUGGUUUAUGCCAAUUCUCCCAUCUGUCCCAGUGGUGACGGCAAACUGUAUCAGACGGCAGACGGAGCGACGUUCUUCAUUCAGUGCUGCACUCACGGAGCUGCUUCCGUCAUCAAGACCUUCAUUGCCACCGACUUUAGAGAAUGCAUGAACGAGUGCUCCAAGACGGACACCUGCAAUAGUGUCCAAUUCAUCGCCCACGCCCGAAACGCGGAUCCAUACCAUGAAUGCAAGCUCAGCCAUGAAGGCGGAUUCUCUUCUAUCGUCUGUGGAGCGGAGGACAUGCACAGCUAUGCAUUCCUAAUUGACCCGCCACCAAUCGAGGCCCUAGACUCUGCCACCAUCUUGUGCUCGACGGAAUGCCCGUAUGCGGAUGGGCAGCAGUUUGUCACCUCAGUUGGCGAGGCAUUCCGCAUGGAUUGUAGCAAGAGGCAUGGAACGAAGGUCAUCUACCGUGACAGACAGGACUCCUACAAAAAUUGCAUCGAGGCAUGUGGGAAGCUGUUGCCUUGCAAGAGUGUCGAUUACGAUAUACACCGGAAGAUCUGCUACUACGGCACGCACCUGGGCGAACCAUCAAUCGAAGCUCCUGGUUUUGCCAGCGCUCGCUCGAUGGGUUGUGCUGGCGCAUGCGGCGGUGGCGGAUGCGGUGGUUGUGGCGGCGGCGGUUCUAAUGACCCCCAAGCUCCACCCCCGGCUCAAGACACAUCGCCUUUCCCGCAAGACGGGUACCUUGGAAUUCCUUGA